AGCGUAUUUCCCAAAAGAGAAAGUAGGGCUGCUUACGUCCGUGCGCUACGUUCCGUACUUUAAACAUAAGUUUGCGACGACACAAGAUGGCUUCCACGGAGAUGCCAUCUGAAGCAGUUGACCCUCUAAGGCAUUCACGACAGCAACGUGUUGGCCGUUACAAAGUUUGGCUGCUUCAAAAGAGAUUGGCUGAACUUAGUGCACAAGUGGAGGCUUCGGUCUUGGAGGCUCGCCAGCUUAUCGCCUGGAAGCAGAGCUACCAGCCCCUCAGCCUAGCGGAGCUGACUGAUGAGGACAAGCGAAUCUUGGAGCAUAACCGCAGGAUUAGGUUAAUCGAAGUAGUACAAAAGCAUUGCUUUGCGGCGUUGAAGAGCAUAACCCAACAUAAGUGGGCCUUCCCCUUCAACACCCCUGUGGACACGUCGCGCUUUCCUGACUAUCCCAAGGUCAUCACGCACCCCAUGGACUUCUCCACCAUCAAGGCGCGCCAGGACGGCGGCUACUACCGCGACCCCAAGGACUGGUGGGCGGAUGUGAUGCUGGUCUUCUCCAACGCCAAGCGCUACAAUGCGCCCGGCAGCGACUGCUACCUGAUGGCGCAGACGCUGCAGGAGGUGAGCGAGGAGAAGUACGACAAGGUGAUUGCGCCGCGUCUGGCGGAGGAGUCGGCCGCCCUGCUGCGCGACGAGAUCCACCUGAAGAAGAAGCGCGCGGAGCUGCUGAACCUGCAGAUCAGCGAGGCCAUGGAGGCGCAGUGCGGCGCGCUGUUCAACCUCAUGGCGGAGCUGCAUGCGGCCAUCCGGGAGGCCAAGUCCAUGGCGGCCUCGCUGUGUGAGCCGCUCACCCUGGAGGAGAAGCAGGCGCUGGCAGCCACCAUCCAGGGCCUCCCCACCGCCCAGCUGGAGUCCAUUGUGGCCUUCGUGGCCAGCCGCCACCCGCCCAGCGUCACACACAGCGAGCUGCCGCCCGGCGCGGCUGGCGGCGGCGGCGGGGGCCCCAGCCGCAAGGUGCAGCUCAACCUGGGCCGCUACGACCCGCUGCUGCUGCGCCAGCUGCAACACCUCGUCAGCACAUGCACCGCCGCAACGCAGCAGCAGCAGCAAGCAAGUAAGGCGGCUGUGGGUGCUGAUGCGCAGGGUGUGGCGCCGCAGCGGGCGGUGAGCCCGCCUGCCACGACACCGGCGGAGGCAGCAACGGAGCAGGCGCGACCGCUGAGCGGAAGCCCGAGUCCCGGUCCAGGGCAGGAGGCUGCGGGGGGACCGGGAGCCGACAGCGCAGCGGCUCCUGCUACUGGAUCCAACGGGGGCGCGGCGGCAGGAGGAACAGCUGCCCAGAAUGCCGCGCAGGAUUUGGGCACUGGGGCGGACCAGCAGCAGCAACAACAAGCUGUCACGGGGGCGGCGGGGCAGGGAGAUCCCACCGCAGGGUUGGCCGCAGGUCAAGCCACUGCUGUGGCUGCAGCUGUCGCCGGGGGCUCGGUGGUAGCAAGGCCAGCGAGCGGGGGCGGCGCUGCCCCCUCGUCAGCUGCUCCGGUUCCCUUCAGCAGCACCCAGCGCAACAUCUCGGAUGUGGUGACAAACGCCACUGCGAGCGGCAUAUCCAUGCGGGCGGGCAUCAAGUGGCCUGGGCUGGCUGUCGGCGCAGGUGUGCGGCCCCGCGCCCGAGCGCUGCUGUCCAUGCACCCGGACGUGUCGGCAACAGCAGCGGAGGUGCUGGCUGCAUGCCCGCUGCCGCAGCCGCCCCCACAGCGCACCACGGUGCAGGUCAUCGGCGUCAAGCGGAGGUCCGUACACGUCAUCCAGGUGGAUGCAGACGGCGGGCACCAGGGGGCGGAGCAGCGCCGUGCUGCCGGUGCACCAGGUGCUCCUGCCGCUGCCGCAGCGGACUCGGGGCCGAUCCCUAUGGAGGUGCAGCUUGGGGCUUCCAGAGCGGCUACGGAGGUGGCAGCGAUGAGCGAGCCCCGCCUAACCACCGCUGCUGCUGCCGACGUGCUGGACCUGUCUGCGCAGACGGUGGUGGCGGGCGGUGCUACUGGUGGCGUGCCGUCGGAACGUGCGGGGGAUGGUGUGGUGGGGGCGGGGGGCGCGUCAGCUAGGGGAGCUGCCUCGGAGGCGGACGCAGGAGGCGUUGUGGUGCUGGACCUCAGUCGCGGCUAGGGGUGGGGUAGCAGGGCCGUGUCAUGAUGUGGUGUUUGACGCGAUUUGGUGGUCAGUGGUUGAAAGGGAAAGGGAACGAAGGGCAACGCUCUUGGUUAUACGACAUGUGGAUAGAAAGGUGGAGGUGAUGGCUGUCCACUCUUCCGUUGUGUCGGUUGUUGGCGGGCAUAGGUCGGCGCCCCAUGCAUGUGGUGCCAUGGUUGGUUAUUACAUACACGCAUACUUGGGGCUAUCAAUGUGGUGUGAAAUUAAAGGUGGAGGUUGGAGAUACUGUACUGCGGCUGCAAAAAGCCACAAUAGGUGCCCUGACAUGAAGCCAUGACUUCUGUACAUAUGUGUGGGCGCAAUCCUCAUGUUAUGGUUGCACAUGUGCCCCGCCAUUGCGAAUGCACUCACCUAGCUGACUGUACCUAGCUGUACAGUCCUUAUUUACCUGUUAUGCGGAGGCUAGCAAAGACCAACAGGAGCAAGUCGUGCCGCUGACUUCGCCCUUUAACUAUUACGUUUGGUCAUGUCGGGCACUAUGAUACUAUAGUGUGCAGGUCAGGUUAGAGGUCUAAGAGGCCCUAACCUUUCCACUGCCUGCAACGGUGUUCAACCUAACGCCC